CCGCAUUUUCCGUCUUCCUCCAUCUUCUCCAUCUUCUGUAUUCCAUUCUCACUUGGAGAGCAGAAAUGUCGCAGUUCCAGCUGACUCUGGCCACUCGGGCCAACCAGGCCGCUUUGCUGCCUGUUCUUCUGGUCGCCACUUCGCUCAACCAGGAGAAGGAGGUGAUUGCUAUCAACUACGAAGAUUCCGCUCUUCUCAGCCGUGGAGACAACGCUAUCGUCGAAUUCAGCGGCGCCAACGGUGCGCCCGUUUAUGGCUCGGAUAAUGCCAUCAAGGAGCUGCGUGCUGCUUUCCCCUUCUUGAACGCCAAGGACGAGAAGCUGGAGACCGAAUGGCUCUCUCAAUUCGAGUCGUUCACCACUCUCGACUUCAAAACCCUCGAACCUCAGCUCCAGCGCCUGAACAACCACCUCCUUCUUCGGUCGUUCGUCGCCGGUUACUCCCUCUCGACUGCCGAUCUCGCCAUUUGGGGUGCUCUGAGGGGCAACAAGGUUGCGAUUUCUCCUGUGCGCAAGGGUGCUCUGGUGAGCGUGACUCGCUGGUUUAACUUCAUCGACGAGCUCUGCCCCUGGGCCGCUACAGCUCUCGAGCACAUGAACGCCGUUGCCAAGGAGAAGAAGACUGCCAAGGCUAAGGAGGGAGCCAGCUACGACAUUAACCUCCUCAACACCGACAAGGGUGUGGUGACUCGCUUCCCCCCUGAGCCUUCCGGGUAUCUUCACAUUGGACACGCCAAGGCUGCUCUUCUGAACGACUACUUUGCACACGAGAAGUAUAACGGGACUCUGUUGGUUCGCUUCGAUGACACCAACCCCUCAAACGAGAAGCUGGAAUUCCAGGACGCCAUCAUCGAAGAUCUUGCGCUUAUGGGAAUUAAGCCGGACCGGCUGAGCUACACCAGUGACUACUUUGACCUCCUGUACGACUAUGCUAUCCGCAUCAUCAAGGAGGGACAUGCAUAUGCCGACGAUACCGAGAAGGAAACCAUGGCCGAACAGAGAAUGGUCGGCGAGCCCAGCAAGCGCCGUGAUGCCUCGGUUGAGGAGAGUCUUGCUCGUUUUGAGGAGAUGAAGCAGGGAACUCCCGAGGGAUUGCGGUGGUGUAUUCGGGCCAAGAUCUCCUAUGAUGCUCCCAACAAAACGCUCCGCGACCCCGUCAUCUACCGGUGCAACGUUGCAGAGCACCACCGGACUGGUUCGAAGUGGAAGAUCUACCCUACGUACGACUUCGCCUGCCCGAUCGUUGAUGCCCAUGAAGGAGUUACUCACGCGCUGAGAACUAUUGAGUACCGUGAUCGGAAUGCCCAGUACCAGUGGUUCCUGGAUACUCUCAAGCUCCGCCAUGUUCAGAUCUGGGAUUUCGCCCGCAUGAACUUUGUGCGUACUCUUCUGUCGAAGAGAAAGCUCACAAAGCUGGUCGAAUCCGGCGCUGUCUGGGGCUGGGAUGACCCGCGUUUCCCUACUAUCCGGGGUAUUAGACGCCGUGGUAUGACCAUUCCGGCCUUGAGAGAGUUCAUCCUGAAGCAGGGUCCCAGCAAGAACAUUGUGAACCUCGAUUGGACCCUCUUCUGGGCUACCAACAAGAAGUACAUCGACCCCGUUGCCCCCAGACACACUGCUCUCUUCAAGAACCAGUUGGUCAAGGCCAAGCUGAACGGCGCCCCCGCCGCUUACACCGAGGACAAGCCCAAGCACGCCAAGAACCCGGCCAUCGGCACCAAGAAGGUGACCUUCAGCGGCUCCAUCCUGUUCGACCAGGAGGACGCCAAGACCUUCAAGCAGGACGAGGAGAUCACUCUCAUGGCCUGGGGUAACGCCAUCGUCCGCAAGAUUGAAACCGACGCCGCUACCGGCGCGGUCACUUCCCUGGAGCUCGACCUCCACUUGGAGGGCGACUUCAAGAAGACCGAGAAGAAGGUGACCUGGCUCUCGGCCGACCAGGAGCUCGUUCCCGUCGAGCUGGUCGACUUCGACUUCCUGCUCAACAAGGACACGAUGACCGAGGAGGACACCCUGGAGGCGGUGCUGAACCCCAAGACCGAGUUCCGCGACGAGGCCGUGGCCGAUGCCAACGUCGCCGACCUGAAGGAGGGCGACAUCAUCCAAUUCGAGCGCAAGGGCUACUACCGUCUCGACCGCCCCUAUGCUCCUGGCCAGCCCGCCGUUCUGUUCAACAUCCCUACGGGUAAGGCUGGUAAAUAAAUUCACACAAGCGUUCUCUAGAGGGCGUCGUGGUGGGUGGAGUAUGAAGAUACGAACUGUUCAUGUACUUCCCAGAUAGAAUAUUUGCCAAUUUAAAAGCAAAAGGAUUUGAGCGGAGGUUCGUGAUGAAUAGUG